GGACCCGAGGAGAUUCAGGCCUAUAAAGUGGGUCCUUAGGAACCUCAGAAAGAACGAACCAGAGCCUGGAGAGGCCUUUAGGACCGAGGGGAGCCAUCUCUUCUCCGAACCAGGCGACAAAUCCGCCCUCCUAGUCCCCAGUGGAUGCCCCCUUCCCCCAGCCUCUGUCACCCACAUUCCCAGACACCGGGCCCGGGCCACCUGCCAGACGCGAUCCCCCGCGGGGCCCGGCGGCCUGGGGCAAAGUUGGCGGCGCCUUCGCGCGGAGCCGUUCCCUCCUCCUCCUCCUUCCUGCCAUCCCUAGAGCCCGUGGCCGCCGCCUCCGGCACGCGUGUCUCCAGGCUCGGGAGCCGAGCCGAGCGGCGCGCCCCGGGCGCCCCUCGCCCACCCGCCGGCCGGGUGCGCGCCGCGGGAGUCUCCUCUCACCCUCCUCUCCCGGUGGCCGGAGGGCCGGGCUCCGCCCCGCCGCCGCCGCUAGCUCGCUCCAGCAGCCCGGGCCGCCGCCGCUGCCCCGCGCCCGGCGCUCCAGUACGCGCGGGGCAGCCGGGGGCGCGGGCGGCGAGCGCAGGGCCGAGCGGCAGGGAGUGGACGGAAGGGAAAAAGCCGGGCGGCGUGGGAGAGAGGCGGGAGCAGAGGCGGGCGCCGCAAACCCCGCGCCCCGCGCCCCGCGCGCUUGCUGCCUCCGGAGACGCGCGGGCCGCCACCGGGCGCACUAGCGGGUCACCUUGUCCGGGAGGUGUGUAACCAGCUUCUCUGGCCAUCUGCUUCCUCCUCCAUAAGUGGGCAUCAUGUCCCAUGCUGGGGUCGGCGAGGUGAUCACCCUGUUAAUGAACGUGAGAGAACUCAGCACAGUGCAAAAACAUGGAAUUUUUAUAGGACAUUAAGAUCCAAGGCGGCAUCCGUGUCCAGGCCCUGUGGGGCGUCAUGCUUCACACACGACUUCACCGUCUGGCUCCGUGAGAUGCUUGGAUAAGCACAGCUUUAAAGAUGCUGACUCUUAUCAGUAUGUCUAUCUGAACAUCAGUGCUGCCCCAGGAGGAGCACAGGACAGAGGACGUGGGAUUUCUACUUAGAAGCCGCUGCUGGGGGUGAUGCAUUUCCCACAAAGCGGAAUAAAUUACACUAGUGAUUUGCCGCUGCCAGUCGGGACAUGUGCUCAGGACCCCCGAGUGGGACCCACAGGAGCAUUUUCUAAUCAGUGAAGAAAACGGAAAGCAGAAACAGAUGGCUUACCAACUCUACCACACAACCACUAAAAAACUGAAAAAGAAUGAGAUUUCCUCAAGCUAGCAAACAUCUGGAAUGAUUUGGAGCUUUUCGGAAGAGAAGUAUAUAUAUCUACUGAUCUAGGAGAAAUGGGCCCCGUGAGGCAAGCGUGACCCUCAAGUCCAGCCCGCCAGCCCGACGCCCGGCCGGGAGGACAGCGCCAUGGCUGGAGUCGUGGAGCAGAAGAGCGGGCUGGUGCGCGGCAAGCUCGGCGAGGCCGGCAAGAGGAAUGGCCUGAUCAACACCAGAAGCCUCGUGUCUGAGAGCAGGGAUGGCCUGGUGUCCGUGUACCCGGCGCCCCAGUACCAGAGCUGCCGGAUGGUGGGUAACGCAGCGCCGGCCGCCCCGGACGGCAGCAGGAACAAGCCGGUCCAGCAGCUGCUGGACCCCAACACCCUCCAGCAGUCGGUGGAGUCCCUCUACCGGCCCAACAUCAUCCUCUACUCGGAGGGCGUGCUGCACCCCUGGGGGGACAGCGUGGCGGCCGACUGCUGUGAGACCACCUUCAUCGAGGACCGGUCGCCCACCAAGGAGAGCCUGGAGUACCCCGACGGCAAGUUCCUCGACCUCUCGCCCGAAGACAUCAAGAUCCACACGCUCUCCUACGACGUGGAGGAGGAGGGGUUCCAGGAGCUGGAGAGUGACUACUCCAGUGACACAGAGAGCGAGGACAACUUCCUCGUGAUGCCCCCGCGGGACCACCUGGGCCUUAGCGUCUUCUCCAUGCUCUGCUGCUUCUGGCCCCUGGGCAUCGCCGCCUUCUACCUGUCCCACGAGACGAACAAAGCCGUGGCCAAGGGAGACUUUCACCAGGCCAGCACCAGCUCCCGGCGGGCCCUCUUCCUGGCCGUGCUCUCCAUCACCAUCGGGACCGGCAUCUACGUGGGCGUGGCCGUGGCCCUCAUCGCCUACCUCUCCAAGAGCAACCACCUAUGAGCCUCCCCGGGCGCAUGCGCAUGAAGAGCCUGGGCCAGUUGUGUGCGGGUGCAGAGGAGCGGGCCUGGCAAGGGUGGACACACAGGUAGACACACCUGCGUGAUGCUGUACAGUGUAAGUCAUCGCCAACGACGCCAUAAAGCCCUGGGACCUUCUGCCCAUGGAUUCCUUUUGUUUUCACCCUUUCAUAUCGUUUUCACAGCACUGUGCAGAGCAUGGGACAGAUGGGCACUGCUAACCCUUCUAAGUGGAAGCUCCAUAGAUCCCGACCCUCGCGGCUGUCUCUGGAUGGAUUCUGGUGGAUUAACGCUGGUGCCAGUGCCUGGAAUGCCAUAACAUUAGCAAUAGACGAACAGGAACAUGUGUUUAUUUUUAUGGAAUAUGGUGCAACAGGCAGGGGGCAGGGGACACGUGCUCUUCUGUCUGUGGCCCCACCUGACUCCUCUGGCACUGCCCCCCAGGCCACGUGCCUUUCCUGCAGGAAGGCAACAGGGCUGGGCGGCAAGAGAGACAGAGCAGCUGCUGGCAGGACCCCCAGCUGUCACAGCUCUCCAGAGGGGUCCAGCCCUGAGAAUGCAGAGCCAGAGUCGUUCCCAGGCCCAGAGUGUCACUCCCUCCACGCUGUCCCCAGCCUAGGAACGUCAGGCCUCCUCUGGAACGUGUCCAUACUCCGCAGCCACCACGCGGCAAUAUGCAAUCCCGGGGCCUCGUUGACCUGGGGCCCAGGGCAGGCCGGCCCCUCCCCAGACUCCUCCCAGAAGGACCCAGGUUUUCUCCAGGAACUCCAGGCCAAGGAGCCAAGACGCCCCCUCAGUGUAAGGACGAGCGCAGGGGGAUGCUUCUACCCGCCUGCGCUGACAUUCACCUUGGUGAUGACAGUGACACUAGUGAUCUUACAGAGGACACGAACCUUCUCUGUCAACUAAAUGAAUAGCUAUUUUCUUGUCAUUUUUUUUAAGUGCAACUAUUGCUUCAUGCUGCUUUAGUUAUCAGAUGAAUGCUGAGAAAUACGUAAUCACAGACAUUUUAAUACCAUUUCAUUGCUGUUUCACGAGUGUUCAUUGUUGAACAAAAGCUACCUUUUACCUUUU